AUGCACUCCACUAGACAAACUGACGUGUAUAUCGCCAUCGAUUUCGGAACGACAUUCACUGGGGUCGCUUGGAUGGUUCCAACUGGGCCGGAUUCCAGCAUCCAUGUGCUUCCGGGCGAUCCUGUUGCUCAGAAGUUUCCGACUAUCCUAGCCAAACAUGAGCCGGGAAAAUGGGGCUCCGAUUGUCAGAACAUGUACGAAGAGGAUAAGUGGAGGGCCUUUAAAAUUUAUCUUGACCAGGAUCAACUUAGGAAGGCUCAUGAGUGCGGUGUUAGCUGGGCGCCCGACUCUGCUGACAGGGCGUUGAAGAUUGCCAAAGACUAUCUAGGCCAUCUUCACGACCACAUCCGUCGCCAUCUGCCCGCCUCGACCUCUACCAAUGAUCAAUUGGAAAUCAAUCCCUUUUCGUACAAGAGCUGGGGUGACUGUAAAAUUGACUUCAUCUUCAGCGUCCCGACGACAUGGGACUGGGGUCAAAGAGCUACCUUCAGGGACAUUGUUAACAAGGCCGGCUUUGGUAGAGAAAGGAAUCAUCAAAUUAUCUUGGGCCUGACUGAGGCUGAAGCGGCAUCGGUAUAUGCCCUCUGUGUGCGCAAAGAUGGCAGUUUCAACAAGAAUGAUAGCAUGCUGUCCAUCGAUAUGGGCGGCGGAACCACUGACAUUGCCUUUGUUGAGGUUGAAGCGCUCAACCCACACAAAAUAAAGCUUGUACAACAGGUCAAGGGGGUUGACAGUGGUUCCAUGUGGAUUGAUAAGGAUUUUGAGCGAUUUGCUGCCGAUGAGCUCGGUGCAUCUAAGAAUGCCCAACUCAAACGCAUUUCUCAUGAAAUGUCCCAAGGUAAUCCGUUUCAACACCAGAAACUCAGACUUGGGGUUCCAGAACGGCCCAAUAUGCUUGAAAUUCCAAUCCCACGCAAUGGUUUGUGUAACAUCCACGGGAGGAAUGGGGAGAAAACCACGAUAGCUUUGCCGAGGAGAGAACUAGAGAGGUUCUUUGACUCUCAGUUUAAUAAAAUUGCAACAUGUACUGAUGAUGCGUUAAAUAACUUCCGGGACGGCGUGCAGAAACAAGUGGAUCAUGUCGUUUUAUCCGGCGGUUUAGGAGGCUCCAAGUACAUGUUGACCGAGCUUAAAGAUUGGAUCUCAAAAAAAGGGCCUCGAUGGGUCAAUGGAGCGACAGUCUACGUUUGUCCCAAGCCUCAAUUAGCCGUGGUGUAUGGCCUUCUUAUGAAUCAACGACAAAACGUUCUUCAGACCCGGAUCGCACGAGUCAAUAUUGGAGUCGCAGAGAAGGAAGACAACGAAAAGCUCCCUGCUGGCACUGAGAUUCAUUGGUUGCUUAGGAAAGGUCAAAAGAGGACCACGGGCCAGGAGUUUAGCAAAACCUUCGUCAAAUCCAUAAACUUCAAAGGCAACAAACUGUGGAAUGUGGAAGUUUUCAGGUCCGAUAAUGACACAAGAUACUUACCUAACACCACAGGAGAUGGUGUCGAGUCUAUUGGAGUCUUAUCCGUCGAAUUUACUGGCCGUCUUAGGAAGCGCAACAUGUUUAUGACAAAGGUACCUUAUACGGUGAGCUUGCACAUCGAUGCCGUCGGUGACUACCGCGUCGAGAUCUCUGGAGAACAUGUCAAUUGUUCAACUCAUUUACACCCCAUUCAGGAAUAA